CCAGGGUAGUUGGGAUAGUGAGACCCUACAAUCGAUAAGAUAUAACUAAAUGAUAAAACGUGUUACCUUAUCUACUAGAUACCUUUGAAAUACUACCUAGGUAGGUACCUUGUAUGCAGGACGUGAUACCUAAUGGUACCUAGGUCAGGUAGACCCACUUAUCUAACUCAUCCUGCUUGCCAACCCAACCUAUAAAUAUUACAUAGUAGGUUUUAUAUGUAGGUAGCUUCGAACCGUUCACCCCGCUGACUAGUGUCGAUGCGUUGAUAUCAACUGAUCCCAUGAACCCCUUCCAAGUUCUAACGAUUAAUAAGUUGUUCCUCUUACUCUUGCGGCUUCUUCAUAUAUCUCCUCAAACAAUCAAAAAAUGCCUCUCGACGAUCUAUUAACAGACGACCAAGUUGCUGAGCUUCUGGUUAAGGAAGCCCAGGACUGUUCUCUUAAAUAUUCUGCGAUGGGCCUAGAUGCAUUUAAAUCCAACAAGCGUCCCGCGAACCAACCUAAACCUAACACUAGAUUUCUCAACAACAUCAUUCGUGAUACUAACAGCCAUAAUCGAGCCCUUCUUGCCAAAGAAAGCGCCGAAUCUAAGGCGAAACUUCGUGAUCUCGAGGACGCGGAAGAUAAGAAGCGAUGGGAAGAGGAACGGAGACUGCGCAGGAUCAAGCCUGGACCUAGCGAUACGCGAAAGCGAAUGCUAGGCGAUAUCGCUGCUAUUCUAGGAGGACCGUCUAAGAGGCGCAAAACUGAAAAGGCCGAGACGUCUACCAGCCAUACUUCAGAUUCAGUAGCGUUAUAUGCUGGAGGUGAUAGGGACGUGAGGAGGGAAAAGAGUCGGAAGGAAUUACCAAGCGAACGUGAUGGGAGUUCGCAUCGUACCCAACGUAGAAAUGAGGCAAGGCGAGGAGGUGAAUCAUCUUCAUCCAGUUCCCAUCGGCGCGGGCACAAGGAACGUUCACCACGGCGCGAAACCCACUACCAAUCAAGGACCGCGAUGCGCACUCAACGUCAACCCUCAGAGGACUCGUCUGAUUCAGACCCUUUAGACGAUAUCAUUGGCCCUGCGCCAGCUAAUAAGACAACCGUUCAUCGUCGAGGACGUGGAGCUAACGCCGCUACGUCCGGCAUAGACGACCGCUUCGCUCACGAUUACGAUCCAACCAAGGAUGUUACACCCGAACAGGAAGACAGCGACGACUGGGACAAUGCAGUAGAAGCGUUCCGCGAUAGGCAAAAGUGGAAACAGCAAGGGGCGGACAGAUUACGUUCUGCAGGUUUUACCGAAGAGCAGAUCAAGAAGUGGGAAAAGGGCGAUAAUAAAGACGAAAGCGACGUGCAGUGGACCAAGGUUGGGGGGUUGAGAGAGUGGGAUCGCGGCAAGGUGGUCAGCAAGGACGGCACAGUAACGCUAGCAACAGACACGGAAUAGCAGACGGCGUCGAUUGACUUGAACCUGAUUUGAAUGCAUCAUCAUCACAAAAGGCGUAUGGGCUUGAGUUUUAUUCAUCCUUUCAUUCAAUGGCAUAUGGGAGAUAUCAUUACAUAGUUGCAUUGCACGACUCUGCAGGGCAUAUCAUAGCAUAACACGGCGUAACGAGACAUGGCAUGGCAUGGCACAGGACUGUCUUUUCUAGCAGGAUGUUUUCACUUGGGGGAGUAACCGGCUAGGACGUCUUGAUUUAAAUGAAGUUUUUAUGGAACUCACUCAUUAUAUCGUCUACCUACAUAAGGUACUAACUAAUGUUAUAG